AUGACGGAACUAAAGCUAUCCGAAAGCCGCGACCUAACGCGCAUAGAGCGCGUCGGAGCUCAUUCACACAUCCGUGGCCUCGGUCUAGACUCCUCAUUAGAGCCACGGGAUGUCUCUGAAGGUAUGGUUGGCCAAGUCUCCGCUCGUAAAGCCGCCGGCGUCAUCCUUCAAAUGAUAAAGGACGGAAAAAUCGCCGGCCGCGCAGUUCUCCUCGCCGGACAACCCGGAACCGGCAAAACCGCCAUCGCUAUGGGGAUAGCCAAAUCUCUCGGCCUAGAAACGCCGUUCGCCAUGAUCGCCGGCAGCGAGCUCUUUUCACUUGAGAUGUCGAAGACCGAAGCCCUAACACAAGCCUUUCGCAAGGCAAUCGGUGUGCGUAUCAAAGAAGAAACGGAGGUGAUUGAAGGUGAGGUUGUUGAGGUUCAGAUCGACCGUCCGGCGGUUUCCGGUGCUGCUGUGAAGACAGGGAAGUUGUCGCUGAAGUCGACGGAGAUGGAGACUGUCUAUGACCUCGGCGCGAAGAUGAUCGAGGCUAUUGGGAAGGAGAAGAUUACGAGUGGCGACGUCAUUGCCAUUGAUAAGGCUUCAGGGAAGAUCACGAAGCUUGGUAGAUCGUUCUCUAGGUCGAGGGAUUUCGAUGCUAUGGGACCACAGGUGAAGUUUGUGCAGUGUCCUGAUGGAGAAUUGCAGAAGAGGAAGGAGGUUGUUCAUUGUGUUACUCUUCAUGAGAUUGAUGUUAUUAAUAGCAGAACACAGGGAUUUCUCGCUCUUUUCACCGGUGAUACCGGUGAAAUCCGCUCUGAAGUUCGGGAACAAAUUGACACUAAAGUAGCAGAGUGGAAAGAAGAAGGAAAGGCAGAGAUUAUCCCUGGUGUUAUUUUCAUUGAUGAGGUACACAUGCUUGAUAUAGAGUGUUUUUCAUUUCUAAAUCGGGCUCUCGAGAACGAGAUGUCUCCGAUAUUAGUCGUUGCUACCAACAGAGGCAUCACAACUAUUCGUGGCACGAAUUACAAAUCUCCACAUGGAAUUCCUAUUGAUUUACUUGAUCGUCUACUCAUCAUCUCGACUCAACCUUAUACCAAGGAUGAAAUUCACAAGAUUCUGGAUAUCAGAUGCCAAGAGGAAGAUGUAGACAUGAGUGAAGGUGCGAAGCAAUUGUUAACCAAAAUAGGUGUGGAAACAUCCCUGCGAUAUGCCAUUCAUCUAAUAACAGCAGCUGCUUUGGCCUGCCAAAAGCGAAAGGGAAAGAUGGUGGAAAUGGAUGAUAUAAACCGGGUUUACAAUUUGUUUUUGGAUGUCAAAAGAUCGACACAGUACUUGAUGGAAUAUCAAAGUCAAUACAUGUUCAGUGAAACAGGUGAAGUUGAUGAAGAUGAUGCCAUUGCUAUGGUCGCAUGA